AAGGCGAUCUCCUAGGAAAGACGAGAAGAGUGCGACAGAACUUGAAAGAAGUUACCUCCUGUCCUUUGCUUUUUGAGGACGCUACCUAAAGAGGAGUUUGGGGACACCAAUUUUGGGGUACACGUAAUUACGCACGGGAGAGUACACUUUUUCCACGCGCUGUUCGGCUAUAACUUCGUACGCUGUCGAGUGUUUUCAGUUUCUGUGCGCUAUCAUAUAUAAAGACAUCCACUGAGACUGCUCAUUGUAUAAUCGGUGUAACUUUUGACGUGGAGAUUUUAACUAGAUUUCCCAAGACCUAAUGACGGCCGAGGUACAGCAGCCUUCUGUGCAGACGCCUGCCCAAAGCAGCCCGAUGUCGGCUCCAGAAAAGCCGCACAGCCAGACGUCAGUGAUGGAGACGGCCUCCUCCACCACCAAAACCAAGAAGACGAACGCUGGUAUCCGUCGCCCUGAGAAGCCGCCUUAUUCCUACAUAGCACUGAUCGUCAUGGCUAUUCAGAGCUCUCCCACAAAGCGCCUAACUUUGAGUGAGAUUUACCAGUUUCUCCAGAGCCGCUUUCCCUUCUUCAGGGGCUCUUACCAAGGAUGGAAGAAUUCUGUGCGUCACAACCUGUCCUUGAACGAGUGCUUUAUUAAAUUGCCAAAAGGUCUCGGCCGACCAGGAAAGGGACAUUACUGGACAAUCGACCCGGCCAGUGAGUUCAUGUUUGAGGAGGGAUCUUUCCGCAGAAGACCAAGGGGUUUCAGGCGCAAGUGUCAGGCGUUGAAGCCGUCUAUGUACAGCAUGAUGAACGGACUUGGAUUCAACCAUCUGCCCGAGUCGUAUAACUUUCAGGGAAGCGGGGGAGGAUUGCCCUGUCCUCCAAACAGUUUAUCUUUAGGGGGUGAAAUCGGGAUGAUGAAUGGACAUUUGGCGGGCAACAUGGAUGGAAUGGGUCUGGCGGGCCAUUCAAUGUCACAUUUAUCGGCCAACAGUGGACAUUACAUGGGAAGUUGCACAGGGUCCACAGGGAACGAGUACCCACACCAUGACAAUUCUGCCUCUCCCCUGCUGACCAGUGGAGGAGUCAUGGAGCCUCAUCCGGUCUACUCUAGCACGCCAUCCGCAUGGGCUCCCGCGCCCUCGUCGUCGCUGAACAACGGGGCCUCCUAUAUCAAGCAGCAGCCUCUGUCUCCGUGCAAUCCCGGAGCGAAUUCACUGCAGCCAAGCUUGCCAACGCAUUCUCUGGACCAGUCCUAUCUUCACCAGAACGGACACGGCACAACCGACUUACAAGGUAUUCCACGGUAUCAUUCCCAGUCCCCAAGCAUGUGCGACAGGAAGGAAUUCGUCUUCUCCUUCAACGCGAUGACGUCGUCGACGAUGCAUUCACCAAGCAGCGGGUCUUACUAUCAUCACCAGCAAGUCGCAUAUCAGGACAUCAAGCCGUGCGUGAUGUGAGGGGCAGUUUGAAGAAGCUACAAACACAGACUGAGAGCCACUAAAACCUAGUAAAGCAGCUGCAGGGGCACGAGGAAGACGCUCGAGGAGGGCCCUACAAUAACGAGGCCUACACAGACGAGAUGACCCGUGAGGCAAGGCCUGGUCACUGAUGUCUGUGCUUUUGGGGAUCCUGCCUCAGAACUUCGGCGUCAGUGACCGGAGAUGUAAUGGGAAAUUACCAGAAAGGUGCAUUGAUUUGAUUUUUAAAUAUGCCCGAGUUGCCAGCGUGCCACUGUCGAAGGUAACGCCGCAAUCAUCCUCCGUUAAUCCAGUGCAUCUCAACCCCUGCAGCCGCUCGGUACUAUAAUUCUGCUGGCGGAUGACUACCACUUGACAAUUUGUAAUUUUUUUCUCUAAGCUCAUUUGUAUUUUUAGACAAAACAAACUAUUAUUUUACUUCUACUCUCGGGUUAAUACAACAUUAUUGUAUGACUUCAUCUGACUUUUUUAAUCAGAACAGAAAAUAAUUGAGGGGAAAAUGAAGGCACUUUCCAAUAACAAAGCGCAACUCAUUUUAUUUAUUCUGUGCAUAUUGUAAUUGUAUAAAAAUAUCGCCAAAUAUUGAACGCUUUACUGGCAAUAUUUGCCCAGAGGAUUUUUUACUGAGGUUCAACAGACAAUUGAGAAUAAAUGUAAGCACUGUUAGUUGUUACUCGUUUUUAUUUUCGUGUAUAUAUAAUUAUGCAUACUGACACCCGUCCUACUUUUCCCAGCACUAUAAAUUGUACAUGGUGUAAUAUCGUUGUGAGUGGGCCCUGGGUCUACGUCCAUUGCUUUAGAUUAGGCUAGUAUGUAUUUUAACUACUCACGAUUUGUAUAGAAUUUAAAACGUAUUGGCAUGAAGUUUGUUCAUCUGUUGAAAACGUCUAUAAAAUUGUUUUCCAUUCCAAACUAAGGUGUCAUGGUUUUCAAUUAUGGAUUUGUUUCACAUCAUCCAACCAAGCAAAACUUCUCACUCUUCCUUAAAAAAAAACAAAGCAUAGGAAAGUUUACUUGACUGGUUGUGGCAACCAUGUAAUUUUCCUGCGUAUAGUCUACUUGACUUGUCACAAAACCUAGCCACAGCAGGCCAACCCGGUCAGAGCUACUGUAUAGGGGCCUAGGCCAUUUCUCAAGUUUUCCUAAAACUCAAAAUGCGCUAAGAAUAACCAUGACCAAGAGUGACAAAAUUCACACCCGUUUGCAAAGUAUGUUUUUUUUAUGGCAUCUCUUAACACACUUCAAAGUAAUAUUACAG